AUGCUUCUUUCUAAAAACGCUUUCUCCCAAGUAUCCAAGUACUCAUCGAGCGUGGUGAAUCAAUUUUCCACUUCAGCAGUUGCUACUGCCCCUAAACCUCGUCACUUGGUAAGCAUGCUUGAAUUAUCAUCUGAAGAACUUGCCAACUUGGUUUCAAAAGCUGGUGCCUUCAAGGCUCAAGUUCGUUCUGGUGAACCUACUCCAGUGGAACAACACCAAAAGCUCUUAGGAAAACUUGCUGCACUCGUAUUUUCCAAGAGAUCCACCCGUACUAGAAUCUCCACCGAAGGUGCUGUCUCAUACUUUGGAGGACAACCAAUGUUUUUAGGAAAGGACGAUAUCCAACUUGGAGUCAAUGAAUCCUUCUAUGAUACUACCAGAGUUGUCUCUCUGAUGACUUCUUGUAUCUUUGCUCGUGUUGACAAGCACCUGGAAAUCCAAGAGCUAUGCGCACAUUCUUCUGUCCCAAUUAUCAAUUCAUUAUGUGACAAGUAUCACCCAUUGCAGGCCAUUGCUGAUAUCUUAACCAUCAAAGAAGCAUUUGGAGGUGAAACCCAAGGAUUGAAGUUGGCUUGGAUUGGUGACUCUAACAAUGUCAUAAAUGACUUGGCUAUUGCUUGUGUUAAGUCCGGUAUCAAUGUAUCCAUAUCAAUUCCAAAGGGAAUCGAGUUUGAUCCUGAGAUUGCAGCAAAGGCCGCCGAAAUUGCUAACGAGAACCUUGGUACUUUUGAAAUUGUCAACGACCCACAAGAUGCUUUACCUGGUGCUGAUAUCAUCGUCACCGAUACUUGGAUUUCAAUGGGUGAAGAAGCUCAAAAGGAAGCCAAGUUGAAACAAUUUGCAGGCUACCAAAUCGACCAAAAGAUGAUUGCCAACGGUAAAGCCAGUGCUAACUGGAAAUUUAUGCAUUGCUUACCAAGACAUCAAGAAGAAGUCGCUGAUGAUGUAUUUUAUGAUGAAUCCAGAUCGUUGGUCUUCGAAGAAGCUGAAAACAGAUUGUAUGCUGCCAUGGCUGCAAUCGAAGGGUUUGUUAAUAACAAAGGUGAUUUAUUGAAAUAG